UAAAAUAAAAAUUCAGCAAAUCAAUGAAUGAGAGUUUAAUACAAAAAAAAAGUAUAAUAUAAAUCAUCUCAUCUCGCCGUUUCCGAUGUCAAGCAUGGAGGAAGUAAUGAUUCACUCUUCGAGCUUUCUCCUCCCGUCGAUUCCCGCCGACAAAGCUUCAGCAUACGCUAUCGUCGUUCUUAACCAGAACCUGCCACGAUUCACUCCUCUUCUCUGGGAACAUGCAAAACUCCGUCUUUGUGCUGAUGGAGGCGCUAAUCGCAUCUACGAUGAGUUACCUCUCUUCUUCCCUCACGAAGACGCUCUCCUCAUCCGUAACAGGUAUAAACCAGAUGUUAUCAAGGGAGAUAUGGACUCUAUUCGCCCUGAUGUCCUCAACUUUUAUGUAAGCUUGGGAACUAAAGUGAUAGAUGAAUCUCAUGAUCAAGACACCACUGAUCUUGAUAAAUGCAUCUUGUUUAUCCGUGACUCUACUUUGAAUCAAGAGAGCUGCAGACUUCAGAUUCUUGCUACAGGGGCACUCGGGGGAAGAUUUGAUCACGAAGCCGGUAAUCUCAACGUCUUGUAUCGAUAUCCAGACACUAGGAUAAUCCUUUUGUCUGAUGACUGCCUCAUCCAACUCCUUCCAAAGACUCAUCGUCACGAGAUUCGUGUUCAGCCUUCUCUCCAAGGACCUCACUGUGGACUCAUCCCUAUCGGCGCUCCAUCUGCCAAAACCACAACCACAGGGCUUCAAUGGGAUCUCAACAACACUGAGAUGAGGUUUGGUGGAUUAGUAAGUACAUCGAAUAUGGUUAAAGGGGAGAAAAUCACAGUUGAAUCGGAUUCAGAUCUUUUGUGGACGAUAUCCAUCAAGAAACAAGACUCCACAAGACCUUAGGCGUGGGGUUAACAACAACAACGACACUUUACUAUUUUUUCUACGAUAUCUUUCAUACAUUGCACUACUUCAAUAUUAUUGUUGUGUUUUCACUCUAGCAUCAGGUAGGAAUAAGACUUGUUGGAUGUACCUGAUUACUUAGAUGCCGUUUUUUACGAGAUGAUUUCAAUGAUUUAGUCAUUGUGACUGGAUGAUUA